AGGUCGUUCAUUUAUUUAUUGGUAUUUCUUUGUAGUAUUUCUUUAAGUUAUCGAGGUCCGGUGCGUGUUUUCGUGAACGCCCUCGCCACAGUGAAAGAGAGCGUCGUGGAAUCACAGCAGUCGGCUGCGUGUCCGCUAUCGUUUUCCCUUUAUUCCUAUAAUUUAUACAUCGCCGCCGCCGCAGCAGCAGCAGCAGCUUGCACCGCCAACACCUACUCACUAGCAUUCUGCUCCAGCAACUUACUGAGCAAAACGAUAAAAGGCACGAGAGCAAAGAUGGUCCACGCUCCCAACUGCGAUGACUUGGUGCACAGCCGCCCCUUCCCCCUCAUUCUCAAAGUUCUGAAUAUCAUCGGUGCCUUCGGCUGCGGCACCUACGCCCUCUUUCUUUUCAUCCAGCACAGGUGGGACAGCAUCCGCUUCUUCGUGGCGCUCAUUUACCUCCUGGCCUUCUCCAUCGUGAUCCCGGCGGCGGAGGCGGGUCUGAUGAAGCACCCCCUGCUCUCCUUCUUCGCCCGCUUCCUCGUCUCCCCGAUUGGGCGCGCCUUCCUCUACAUCUUUAUGGGCGGCGUGAUCCUCGGCAACGGGAUUGGCGGGUGGGUGAUCGGCAUUUACCUCCUCGCCAUCGGCGUGUUGAACGUCGUUGCGGCGUGCUUCCUUCGUGAAUAA